GGGACUUGCAGCCGCUUUCUUUCCAGCCUGGGACCCUGUAUCAGUACCGCUAUACCCUGGAUGUCCAGCUGGACCACGGGUCCACACCGUCCCUGCGGGGAGCCUGGCUGCAGGCUGAGGCGUUGGUCCAGCUGCACCAGCUCUGGAAGGACCGAGGCGGGGAAGAGUUGCUCCAAGUGCAGAUCCGCAACUUGAAAGCCCAACAUGAGCCAGGAGAGGAGAGGAGCCAGGAUGGCACUGGAGGUCCGUCCGCAGAGAUUGCACUGAGCCAGGAGGCACGGGCAGAGCUCCAGCAGCCGGUGUUCAUCUCCUGGAGCAGCGGGAAGGUCAAAGCCUUCUACGGGGACGAAGCAGAAAGCAUCCUGAUCUCCAACCUGAAGCGAGGCAUCGUCAGUCUGCUCCAGCUCCAGCCCCACGCCGGCACCGCAGUGGAGGAGGAUGUCUCCGGGAGCUGCCAAGUCACAUACACCAUGUCCAACCAUUCUGUCACAAAGACGAAAGAUCUCCUCAGCUGCACGAAGCCGAAGGCUGGAUUCACCUCCGUAAACAAAAUGUUUGGAGUCCAGUGCCAGCCCACCAGCAGAAGCCAGUACAUGGUGAAAGACAACCUCCUCCAGUGGGUGCUGGUGGAAGAAAGCCACGUGGUGUCUCCAGCCCUGAGGUCCACCACCAGUGUCAAAAUCAGUUCAAGGCAGCAACUCCAGCUAGUGUCUUCGGGAUGGAAGGGCCAGCACCAGCCCCUGGACAUGGCCAGCCUGCCCUUCAGAAGGGUCUGCACCCGCUGCCCAUCGCUGAGAGCCUACCUGAAGGCUUUUGACAGCCAGAGAGUCAAAACGGACACUUCCAAGGCGGCAACCGCGUGGCAGUUCCAGAGGUUCAUCCAGAUGCUGCGCAGCGCCAAGAAGAGAGAUGUUCUGCAGCUGCUGAGGAGAGCGCCCGAGGAGAUGCUCCCCUUCGUCGUGGAGGCAGCAGUGGCAGCGCAGUCGGUGGCAUCCUUAGGGGCUCUCUCUGACUUCCUGGAUUUGGGCAAGGAGCCCAAAUCCCUGCUGGAAAAGUUUCUCUACGCAGCAGCUUUCUCUCCCCGGCCUUCAGGAGAUCUUCUGCGCCUGGUGUUAGACAAGCUGGAUGGGAAGCAGCUGGCCCCUGAGGUCUGGGAGACAGGGAUGGUUGCUGUGGGCUCUCUGGUCGGCAAGCUGUGCCAGCAGCAGCUGUGUGGGCUGCAGGAGGUGGAACGUGGGGUGGAAACCAUCCUUGGGGGUCUAAGAGGUGCCAAGGAGGAGGCCAAGAUGGUCAUUUACCUGCUGGCCCUGGGGAACGCGGUGCUCCCCGAAACCAUCCCCAUCCUCCUGGACCACGCCGAGGAAGGUCCCGCCGCCGUCACCACCGCCGCCGUUUCUGCCCUGCGACGGUUCCCCACUCGGCACAUCUCCGGCGAGGUGAAACGAGCGAUGAGGAGGAUUUUCCACGAGAAGAGGAAGAGCUACGAAAAAACAUGUCGCCUGGCCGCUGCGGAAAUCCUCCUAGAUAACGAGCCCUCACCCAUGGAUGUCAUCAACAUCCUGCUGGCCACCAACGAGCUGGAGACGGAGAUGGCAACAUUUCUGCUGCUGAAGGUCCAGAACAGCCUGCAUGCCCACCACCACCCAGCAAGGGAGAUAAUGAAAGACAUCAUGAGAGACCCACGGAUCAACAAUUACAACUUCUUCUCGAAAGCUGGCAUCUCCUCUUCUUUCUCAGGACCUCUGACAGUCACCCGGGACCUGCUUUCCACCUUCGGGCUGGACGUCACUAUUGAAGCACAAGGGAUGGAGUCAAUGCUGGAAGAAAACGUCUCAGAAGGAGAAGAGGAGCCAGAUCUCACGGCUGGGAUGUCUGCCAUCUUCUUCGAUGUUCAGUUGCGGCCAAUCAUCUUCUUCCAGGGAUAUACAGACUUAAUGGCCAAGGUCUUUUUAAGCAGUGGAGAACCCACAAGCGUGGUCAAAGGGAACCUCCUGCUUAUGGAUCAUCACCAGGUCGUUCACCUGCAGUCUGGCCUACAAGUGGUCAUCAAACUCCAGGGCGGGCUUGGGCUUGACAUUUCAGCCGACAUGGAUGUGAGCAUCUGGGAACAGGAACUGAAAACCAGUAUCAAUGCGAGGGGAAGCCUUGCCAUUGAUUUCAAGGCUGAAUUAGACACCCCUUUCCUCGAAGCCACUGUGAGACACCAGACGGAGAUGGAGACCUCAAUCCACUUCAACACCAUGCUGAGGUUUUCUGGCAGCCCAGUGCUCAUGUGCCUGCAGCUGAGAGAGGAGCAGGUGCCUUACAGAGAAACCUUCACAGUUUCCAAGUCUACUGGGAGCCAGAGCAGCACUGCUCGAAAAGGCAGGCAGGGCACCAUGCCCGGGCAGGAGUUUGCUUUGCACCAGGCCAACUCCAAGGUCUGCAGCCUCCUGCUGACGGCGGAAGAAUAG